GGUAUACAUUAGAAAUUAUUAGUGGCACGAAUUCCAGUCAUAUUAAAUGUGAGCUUCACCAUGACUUGACGGUACGGGUGAUCAUUUGCUGCAAGUCAAAGAAGAAAGGGUGAAGGAUAAUAAAAAUGGAAAGUGAAGCAAAGAAAUACAUAUGGGAAGGAGCAAUUCCUCUACAAAUUCAUCUUCAUCAAUCCGAAGUCACUACUCUCCCUCCUCCCCAACCUGCUCUCAUUUUAGCUCCUCGAAUUGGGUACCUGCCUCUUUUAGCACAAAAAAUAAAACCUUUCUUCAGUGAUUCACUUCCUCCAGGUGUAGAUACCAUAUGGUUUGAGUACAAUGGCUUGCCUCUCAAAUGGUAUGUACCUACUGGGGUACUCUUUGAUCUUCUUUGUGCAGAACCUGAACGGCCUUGGAAUCUGACGGUACAUUUUAGAGGAUAUCCUGGAAAUAUUUUAACACCCUGUGAAGGCGAAGAUAGUGUAAAAUGGUGCUUUAUUAAUUCACUUAAAGAGGCAGCAUAUAUAAUCAAUGGGAACUGCAAAAAUGUAAUGAAUAUGUCUCAAUUCGAUCAAUUAGAACUCUGGCACUCCAUUAUGGAUGGUAAUUUAGACUCUUAUCUUCGCAUUUCGUCUAAGCUUAAACUUGGCAUAGAUGUGGACGAUUUUUCAAUAAAAUUGAACAUUUCCUCUCCUAAAUCACCGGAAAGCACUCAAAAUGCUGAUGGCACAGCAUCAGCUAAGCCAGGUAGAAUUCCGGUUCGACUGUAUGUUAGAACUAUCAAUGAGGAUUUUGAUGAAUUAGAAGAAGCACCGGUGGUUGGAAGUUGGGACAAAAUCUCUUACAUAAACAGACCUGUUGAGAUCCAUGGAGAUGGCAAAUGCUUCACCUUGUAUAAUGCAGUAACAAAACUUCUGCCCGAGCUUUUCGGGGAAAAACUUCCACCAAAAGAUGACGUUUCUAGAGAAGAAUUUGAGGCUGGACAGAGAUUAUCUCCUGAAGAAACAAACAAGAGCAGCAUGGAACAAAGUGGGGAGAUGUUGAAUGAGCACAUCGUCUCUUGCUCUGUUUCAGAUGGUGCUGAGAUCAAGCUCAUACGCAUUCAGGGAAUUGAACCAAAGAUGGAGAUUCCUUUUGCAUGGGUGGUAAACAAUUUGAUGAACCCUGAAUACUUUCUUCAUAUCUGUGUAUAUGUCAAAAUUCAAGAACCCAUUACCAUAUAGCAAAUUGUUUACUGGAUUAGUAUUUUAGGAGAUUUGGGAAUUCUUUAGUUCUGAUAAGUGUAUAUAUGUCAGUAACUGUAAAGAAGUGCAUAGGAUAUUCGAAACGAGAGUUUUUUCCUCUAGCUCUUGUCAAUGCUAUUGGCAAGAGAGCCAAACAUCUGCAUCUCAAACUCCUCAUGGUUGCAAAGUCUAUUGCCAUAAUAUGGAAAAACAGAUUCUAAGA